GCCUCAGUGAUCAGACUGCCCCCUGCUAUUCUCUGAGCUCAGCUAACUGGAUGGAGACACUUGGCAGCAGUUAGCUCAUCAAAACACUUCGAAGUGAACAAAGCAGCGAUGAACCGACAAGUUUUUAACGGGACAUCUUCAUCGCUGAGCUUCUCCAUAAGGAAUACGGGCAAUGGAUGUUCACACACAAACCUAGGAGAGGAAGAUUUGGACAGUCUACGUUUUGAGCUCACAAAGACGGAGGAUGAGAUUCAGACGUUGAGGCAGGUCCUUUUGGCAAAAGAAAAAUAUGCAGCAGACAUCAGAAGACAGCUGGGGAUGAGUCCUCUCGAUAACAUGAAACAGAACUUGUCCAAAGGUUGGCAGGAAGUCCAGACCUCAGCUCCAUAUCUCACAGCUUCUGCCACUCUGGAGGACAUCAGCAACUCCAGUGUAUAUGUGAGGACACGAGACGGUCUGUCUCAAGCAGGCCAGGCGACAUCUGCUGCUCUGUCCACCGUGGGCGUGGCAAUCACCAGAAGACUGGCACAGAUGAGAGCCCUGCCACUCCCAAGCUCACCACGCACCAUGGGCCACACUAUUAGUGUGCCAUCAAUGAGGCAUUCCUCCACAUUCAAGUCUUUUGAAGAACUUGUUGGCAGUGUGAAGGAGAAAGUGACUGGAGGUGGAUCCAACAAUGAAGACACCUCUGGAUUUCAAAGAAGAUCUUCCUGCAACUGAACCCGAGAUGAACCAAUCUUCUGCAACUCACGAAAAGGAUUUUGACACCUCGAAAAGUUUCUGUCUGUCUUCAAUGUGACAUUUUCUGCUGCUCUCUGCAGUUUUGUUGUUAAUACAGUCUCAGAAAUAGAAUGUACAACAUUGAUUAAGUAAAAUUACUUAAAUAAAAGUUAUGAAUUCAAUGGUAAAAUAUUUAAUAAUUUAAAUACUUCAUAUUAUGAAUAAAUGUAUUUGUUUUAACAUGCUGAUUGUUUUUGACAUGCUUGUAUCCCCGUCUUCCGAAAUCAGAUGUAUUACAAGGAUGUUUUUGUAAUGUCAGAUUUUUUAAGUAAAGAUAUUAGAAUACAUUCA